AUGUUUGGAACAGUAGCCUUGCUGGUGGCAUGGGUUUUCUCUAUCGGCCUGAACCACCUGGAGAACCAGGCAGACAACAGAUCCUCGACCUACAUUUAUGCCUUUUACAUUGUCUCCAUUACCGUCUCGGCCAUCAGUGUUAGGACCAUGCACGAUCUCACCAUGACAGGGCAAUCCCAAUUCAGUUCGUUUUGUGUCUUUUUCGGAGCCAUUGGUUGCGGAUUUAUUCUGGAGGCGUGGCCACGAUCGUCUAUUCCUAAUCGUUCAGACGACCUCAAAAACGAUGCAGCAGACAUACUAGUCGAGGACUGGGAUAAGCCAACGGCAUACGACCAGUCCAACCUGUUCUCGCGCCUCACUUUCCAUUUCAUGCAGCACGUCAUCUCGAUUGGGUACUGUCGAACCUUGCAAAAUAAGGAUAUCGCCAACAUGAUGCCCCGGAGGAUCAGGACCGUUCACAGUUACGAGUUUGUCUUUCGCGUCUGGGACCGACACCUUCAAAAGUGCCGGCAAUCCAACAAAAUGCCGUCAUUACUUUGGAUUGUCCUCAAGGCCGGAGGGUGGUCGUGGGCACCCAUUAUCAUCUAUGCGCUUACGGAAUCAGUCAUGGAGUUUGUCCAGCCCAUCCUACUGGAUGUUAUCCUCAAUUUCAUCUCCUCGUACUCGACUGAUCAACCGCAACCCACAGCUCUUGGGUUAAUCUUAUCUGUUGGGAUGUUUGGUGCCGCUAUCCUGUCCUCCAUGGCUAGCGGACAGUUUUUCCAAUUAGGAACUAACUUGGGCAUCGAACUCAAGUCCGGGUUGAUCUCGAUGAUCUAUCGCAAGUCCCUCAAGCUGUCCCCAGGUGCGAGGCGCGAGGCAACCUCGGGUGAAAUUACAAACCAUAUGUCUGUAGACGCCGAGAGGAUCGGUCAGGCGAUCACCACUCUUCCCUUGGCCAUCUCUGCACCUUUUGAGAUUGCCAUCGGAAUCUGGUUGCUUUAUCGUCAGCUGGGUGCCAGCGCAUUCACGGGUCUGGGGGUGGUUGUGCUACUGAUGCCUGUGCAAGGUCUCGUUGCAAAGGUGUUGAACAAGGCAAAAGACAAGAAACUGGAGGCGAUGGAUGGCAGAAUCCGUUUGGCGACGGACAUCUUGUCUGGGAUCCGAGCUGUGAAACUGUACUCGUGGGAGCGCUCGUUCCGUGAGAGAUUAGAGGCGUAUCGCAAUACGGAACUCAAGCAUCUUCGACAUAUCGGGAUCACGGUCGCUGUCAUGAUGAUCAUGUUCACCUCCAUGCCCUCACUCAUGACCUUGCUCUCGUUCGUGGUGUACUCGCUAGUGGGAGGUCCCAAUGGCACGAAGGGGAUCAUGUCGGCGCAGGUGGUCUUUGUCAGUAUCACACUCUUCAACCGGCUCUCGAAGCCGAUCGGAAGAGCAUCCGUGAUCAUUAGCCAGGCUAUCUCUAUGAACGUGGCGGUCAAGCGCAUUCAGAGUUAUCUGCUCCUAGAGGAGCUGAGCGAAUCUCAGGUCGAAUACUUGGAAACACCCUUGUACAAAGUGACAUCAACUCCCGAAAAACCACUGUCCGAUUGUGACAACAGCCCACCCCUGGCGAUUCAAGUGCAUGAUGGCGAAUUUUCAUGGAACAGUCCAGUGGCGAUUUCUGGGUCAACCUCUCCUGAGUCUAAAGAGCAGCGAUCCGGUGCCGACUUGCGUCCGACAUUGUCCAACAUCAACCUUGCAGUACCUCACGGUAGUCUCACUGUGGUCAUGGGUCGAGUCGGACAGGGCAAAUCGUCAUUGCUGAGCGCCAUUACUGGUGACAUGUACAAGCAGCAAGGGCGCAUCCAGAUCAGCGGAAAAUGCGCAUAUGUGCCUCAACAAGCGUGGAUUAUCAACGCAACUGUCAGAAAUAACAUCGUCUUUGGGAAGGCCUUCGAUCAGGAGAAGUACGACCGCGUGCUGUUCGCUUCAGGAUUGCUCCCGGAUCUCGAGAUCCUUGCAGCCGGCGACCAGACGGAGAUUGGAGAGCGCGGGAUCAACCUGUCCGGAGGGCAGAAGCAACGGGUGUCGCUGGCGCGUGCUGCAUACCAGGACGCAGACGUAUAUCUGCUGGACGACCCCUUGAGUGCCGUCGAUGCACAUGUGGAUCAGCAUCUCUGGGAGAACCUCAUUGGGCCAAAGGGCCUACUCAAGGACAAGGCACGUCUCCUCAUCACACAUGGGGUUCAUCACUUGAGUGAGGUAGACCAUAUCAUGAUUGUCAAGGAUGGAGGCAUUGACGAAACUGGAAGCUAUGCGGACCUAAUGGCUGCCCAAGGAUCGUUCUUCCAGCUCAUUGGCGAGUACUCUGUCAGCAAGAAAAAGGACCGCCAUGCGGUUGAGGUGGGAGAUAGCACUGGUCGAGAGGAUUCUAUGGCUAUCGAAAGAGCAGAGUAUGACAACGAAGAGGAUAAGGCAGCGGGAUUGACAGCAAAUGACGAGGUUGCAAGGGAGGAUGACAAUGCGGACCUGACUCUUGAGGAACAAGCUGCGGAGGGAGCAGUCAGCUGGAAGGUAUUCAAAGGCUACGCCAAGGCAGCGACAUACCCAUUAUCGUUCUUGAGCAUCCUUGGCUUUAUCUUGUCCCAGGUGACACAGAUUGGUAUGAACUUGUGGUUGCAGAGCUGGACGUCUCAGGAACAAAGUGGGCACCAACCUUCUAUCGGGAAGUUCCUGGGCGUUUAUGCGGGACUGGUGUUCCUUUACUUUUCUCUCGAUUUUGGCGUCAACUUGACCAUUUUCGUCCUGGCCGGCAUUCGUGCCUCGAGAAUCCUGCAUGAAAAUAUAUUGGGACGCGUUUUGAGGCUGCCGAUGAGUUUCUUUGACACAACGCCGAUCGGACGCAUUGUUAAUCGGUUCUCCUCCGAUGUCGACAACGUGGAUGAACUCCUUCCGAUACAUCUCAGCGAUUUUUAUUAUUUCUUGACCAGCGUUUUCGGGACAUUGAUUGUGAUCUCGGUCUCUGUCCCUAUCUUCAUGGCCCUGAUCCCCUUUCUCGUCGCUCUUUAUUUGGUCGUCCAAGUUUGGUACAUUCGCUCAAGCAGGUCGCUCAAGCGUAUCCACUCCAUCUCCAAGUCGCCGUUGUACCAACAUUUCAGUGAGACCCUGAUCGGUGCCUCAACCAUCCGCGCUAUGCGGGCCGAUGAUCGUUUCAUCCUCGAGAACUCUGCCAAAUCCGACAAAUCCGCGAACGCGUAUUUCGCGUACAAGAUCGCUAAUCGGUGGCUACACAUGCGGUUGGAGUUCUUGGGAGCCAUCAUCGUCUUUGCCACAUCUCUGUUGGCCGUGUUAGGCAGAAGGACGUUGGCACCUGGAAUGGCUGGUUUGGCGUUGUCGUAUGCACUGAAUAUAACGUUCAUGAUCACCUACUUAAUGACCAGCUUCGGCGACCUUCAGGAUCAACUUAUCUCAGUGGAGCGGAUUCAAGAGUACUCGGUAAAGGACCAGGAGGCGCCUGAUGUUAUGCCCAAGGAUGACAAGCUGCUAACGAACUGGCCAAGUGAGGGAAAGAUUGUGUUCAGGAACUAUUCAACGCGAUACCGUCAGGGAAUGGAUCUGGUGCUAAAGAAUGUGUCAUUCGAGGUCCUGCCAACGGAAAAAAUAGGCGUAGUCGGCAGGACAGGCGCAGGGAAAUCGUCGCUAACGUUAGCACUGUUCCGUAUUAUUGAAGCGGCCAAUGGUCACUGGGCCAAGGCAAGCCAUAAUGGCCAAAGUUCUUACACAGCAUCGACGAGCUACGGUCUUAAUCCGACCGAGGAGGAAGAGUUGGGAACUAUCGAGGUUGAGGAGGACGGUGGGUUGAUAGAGAUCGAUGGCGUCGAUAUCUCAACGGUCGGUUUGAAACACCUCCGUCAGCGUCUGUCGAUCAUCCCACAGGACCCCACAUUGUUCGCUGGAAGCGUGCGCGAGAACUUGGAUCCAUUCAACCAGGCCACCGAUCCUGAGCUGUGGGAGGCUCUGGAGCGUGCGCAUCUGAAGGGUCACAUCUCGUCACUCGCUGGGGGACUCUCAUUCGAGGUUGCCCAGAACGGCGACAACUUCUCGGUGGGCCAGCGGUCGCUGAUCUGCUUGGCGCGGGCGCUGCUGCGAAAGACCAAGAUCCUGGUGCUAGACGAGGCCACAGCAGCCGUCGACGUGGAGACGGACGAGCUGAUCCAGAAGACGAUCCGCAAGGAGUUCAAGGACAGGACAAUCAUCACGAUCGCGCACCGGAUCAAGACGAUCAUGGACUCGGACAAGAUUCUGGUGCUCGAGCGGGGUCGUGUGGAGGAGUUUGAUGCUCCAGCGACGCUGAUGCAGAAGCAAGGGCUGUUUUACAGCCUGGCCAAGCAAGCAGGAGAACAUUAA